AUGGGUGACUCCUUUUGGAAACUUAACAAUCCAUUUGAUCUAUAUCUCCCCUUGAUAGCCAUUCAACUGAGUCUAAUGAUAUCGAUCAACCACAUUCUCAUGUUCAUCCUCAGACUACUUCACCAGCCUCGUUUUGUUGCCAAAGUUAUUGCUGCAGGAAUUAUCCUUGGCCCAACGUUAAUUCAGACGGUAAAUGUGUCGGAUAAGAUUUUCACUUUUGAAGACAAUUACGUGGUGGAGAAUUUCGCCAAUUUGGGGCUAACAUAUUAUAUGUUCUUGGUGGGGUUAGAGAUGGAUGUAUCGGCGUUGAGACAUAUUGGGAAGAAGUCAUUAAGCAUUUCGUUUGUAGGAAAUUUGGUUCCACUUGUUGCAGGAGGCGGCUUAUAUUUUGUACCCAUACGCGGUGUUGCAGGCGGGGUCGGAGAAUCGCUUCCCAUGGGUGCCAUGUUUUGGGCUAUAUCAUUGAGUAACUCGAGCUUCCCUGAUCUAGCAAGAAUUCUUUCAAAUGUGAAGCUUCUACAUACGGAUCUUGGGAGACUGGCAUUAACUAGUGCCUUUGUCAGUGCGUGGAUUUUUCUUGUUAUAACUAUAAAUUUCUAUGAUCUCCAUAAGUUCUACAUGGCGGCAAUACCAACAACUAUCUUUCUAUUAGCCUGCUGGUUCUUGUUACGUCCAGCCGCGGUUGCUAUAUGUGGAUUCAUUGCAGAUGCGUGUGGGGCACAUUCCAUGAUAGGUGGUUUUAUGUUAGGAUUAAUCAUCCCACAUGGAGAUACUGCCGUUGAUAUUAUGGAAAGAAUUCAAGGAUUUGUGAACCAAGUCAUGUUGCCAACGUUUUUUUUGCUUAAUGGCCGUCGUUCGAACUUGAUUAGUUUAGCAUUAAGCACUAGAUCGAUAAAUUUGUUGCUUGUUACGAUUGGGGCUUCUUCCUCCAAUAUUAUCAGCACUCUCCUCAUCUGUUUAUUCCAAGGCGUGCCAUCAACGGAGGCCUUGGCUUUAGGGGGUCUUCUCAACACCAAAGGUGUUUUGUCACUCAUUGUUCUUAAUGAAGGCCGGUCCAUGAAAGCACUCAUCGAAAAUAAUUUAACUGCAGGCUAUAGACAAUGUAGUAUUCGUUGUAAUGGUGUGCAUAACAUUGUUAAUGGCGUCUACAAGCAAAGGACUAUGCAAAGAAAUGAUCCAAACAAAAAACUUCGAAUUCUCACAUGCAUUCAUUCAACACGAAACCUCUCCGGCAUCAUCAAUCUCCUUCAACUUUCUAAUGCCACCAGGAGAUCCCCCAUAUGUGUCUUCGCCGUGCACUUGGUGCAGCUUACUGGUACUGGAAGUGCUUCUGCCAUGCUUAUUGUUCAAGAUUCACAAAAGACUAGUACUAUUAUUAGAAACAGCAAAAACAAGAAUUACUCACCCCUCUUGAGGGCCGAGUCGGAUCAAAUCAUUAAUGCCUUCGAAAACUUCGAGCGUGCAAACGAAGCUGCCGUAACCAUGCAUCCGCUGACAGUAGUGUCUCCUUAUAGCACCAUGCACGAGGACAUCUUCCAAAUUGCAGAGGACAGGCAUGUCGCCUUCAUUUUGGCACCAUAUCACAAAUUACCAACUGCCGAUGGUCGGUUACGUAAUGAUAAUGUUUCAAUACGCCAAUUGAACCAAAAUUUACUUAAUAGUGCACCAUGUUCUAUUGGUAUUCUCGUUGACCGUGGAGUAGGACCUUCAAUACAAGGUAAUUCAACAGAAUUUGAUAAAUCGAAAUUCCGUAUAGCCAUGUUCUUCAUUGGCAGGCCUGACGAUCAUGAGGCACUAAGUUAUGCAACUAGAAUGGCUGAAAAAUCAGGCGUCACUUUAACCGUGGUACGAUUUCUUCAGGCCAAAGAGGAAAAUACAGAAAAUGAUCAAAGUUCGGAAGAUAUCACGGAGAGUACUGAUAAAGUGAGUGAGAUAGAUGAUGACUUUAUAAACGAGUUCAGGUUCAAGACAAUGUGCGAAGAACACUUGAGUUAUCAAGAGAAAACAGUGAAUAGUGGGGAUGAAUUAAUGGAAUGUGCAAGUUCAAAUUACAAUAAGAAUGAUCUGUAUAUAGUUGGAUUUAGAGAUGGAGUAAAAUCAAAAAUAACAAGAGAACUUUCAAAUUUGAGCACUAGUCCAGAGCUCGGAGCAAUUGGUGAGACAUUGGUAACAACUCGAGCUACAGAACGUGCAUCAGUUCUGGUAAUGCAACAAUCAGCCAUUGAUCAAUUGAGAACUGGAUCGCGGCGUCAUAAAGCGCAAUAUGGAAAAAUGAUAUGGGCCUCACCCGUCUUAAAUCCUGACUAUGAAGCCUAUGCACGCACAUACAAUCUGUGA